GGGCGGAAGACACUCGGGGGAGGGGUGAGGGGGACCCUUGCACAGCUCCGUCUCCCCUCCCCCUCCCCCCGGCGGGAGCACCUGCAGGGAUGGAGGUGCUGGACACCGGCCGGGGCAACAACACCACGUCGUCCCAGGAUCCGCUCGGGACCGGCAGCAACGCUACUGGCAUCUCCGACGUGACCUUCAGCUACCAAGUCAUCACGUCCCUGCUGCUGGGCACGCUCAUCUUCUGCGCGGUGCUGGGCAACGCGUGUGUGGUGGCUGCCAUUGCCCUGGAGCGCUCCCUCCAAAACGUGGCCAACUAUCUCAUCGGCUCGCUGGCGGUCACCGACCUCAUGGUGUCCGUGCUGGUGCUCCCCAUGGCCGCGCUGUACCAGGUGCUCAACAAGUGGACUCUGGGCCAGGUCACCUGCGACCUGUUCAUCGCCCUUGACGUGCUGUGCUGCACCUCAUCCAUCCUGCACCUGUGUGCCAUCGCGCUGGACAGGUACUGGGCCAUCACGGACCCCAUCGACUACGUGAACAAGAGAACGCCCCGGCGCGCCGCUGCGCUCAUCUCGCUCACUUGGCUCAUUGGCUUCCUCAUCUCUAUCCCGCCCAUGCUGGGCUGGCGCACCCCCGAAGACCGCUCCGACCCCGACGCGUGCACUAUCAGUAAGGACCAAGGCUACACCAUCUAUUCCACAUUCGGCGCUUUCUAUAUUCCGCUGCUGCUCAUGCUGGUCCUCUACGGGCGCAUUUUCCGAGCUGCGCGCUUCCGCAUCCGCAAGACAGUCAAGAAAGUGGAGAAGAAGGGGGCCGACACCCGCGGUGCUGCAGCCUCGCCGGCCCCGCCGCCCAGGAGGAGCUUGAACGGAGAGCCAGGGAGCACAGACUGGAGGCGGGGCGUGGAGAGCAAAGCUGCGGGGGCUGUGUGCGCCAAUGGCGCUGUGAGGCAGGGUGACGAAGGCGCCGCCCUGGAGGUGAUCGAGGUGCACCGAGUGGGCCACUCCAAGGAACACCUGCCGCUUCCCAGCGAGACGGGUACGGCCGCCUGCGCCGCUGCCUCGUUUGAGAGGAAGAAUGAGCGCAACGCCGAGGCAAAGCGCAAAAUGGCCCUGGCGCGCGAGAGGAAGACGGUGAAGACCCUUGGCAUCAUCAUGGGCACCUUCAUCCUCUGCUGGCUGCCCUUCUUCAUCGUAGCCCUGGUCCUGCCCUUCUGCGAGAACAGCUGCCACAUGCCCGCCCAGCUGGGCGCCAUCAUCAACUGGCUGGGCUACUCCAACUCCCUGCUUAACCCUGUCAUUUAUGCCUACUUUAACAAGGACUUUCAAAACGCGUUUAAGAAGAUUAUCAAGUGCAAGUUCUGUCGCCGAUGAUGCUGUGAAGGAGUGGCG